UAACCAUCAGGCAACGGGAACUUCCUAAAAGAAAGCAGCGAAACUGGGUUCUUUGACGUCAGCUACGUGUGACUAUUUCAAUUUAAACAGGACAAGAUGGCGGAGGUGAGAUUGAGCGGACUGAGUAAGAGGAAUCAUUUCGAACAAAACAACAAAAGACACGUCUUUGACGAAGGUGCAGGUGGUGUGGAGGAUGUUCCUUUGUCCCUGCCAGAUCGGAGGCCUCAUUCCAGGAUAGCGCCUCGGGCAGAGGCUGACAGCGAAACAGACGAGUGGGAACAGGCCCCAGAGCUGAGUCAUGUUAAGGAGCAGCCAAUUGAAGAGGAGCCUGUGGUGGGGUUGGCCGAGAAGGCUCGGCCCAUCCAGAUAGUCCUGGCCCACGAGGACGACCACAAAUUUGAGCUGGACACUGAGGCCCUGGAGAAGCUCCUACUGCAGGAGGAUGUCAGAGACCUCAAUGUGGUGGUGGUGUCUGUUGCCGGGGCCUUCCGCAAGGGCAAGUCCUUCCUGCUGGACUUCAUGCUCCGAUACAUGCUCAACCAGCAGGAGCAGUCAGACUCGUGGGUGGGGGGUGAUGAUGAUCCUCUGACAGGGUUCAGCUGGAGAGGAGGCUGUGAGAGGGAGACCACAGGGAUCCAGGUCUGGAGUCAAGUGUUUGUUGUCAACAAGCCAGAUGGGAGCAAGGUUGCUGUUCUGUUAGUGGACACACAGGGAGCCUUUGACAGCCAGUCCACCAUAAAGGACUGUGCAACAGUUUUUGCCCUGAGCACCAUGACCAGCUCUGUACAGGUGUAUAACCUGUCUCAGAAUAUUCAGGAGGAUGACCUUCAGCAUCUCCAGCUCUUCACAGAAUACGGCCGGCUUGCUUUGGAGGAAAUCUAUCUUAAGCCCUUUCAGUCACUCAUGUUCCUGAUCCGAGACUGGAGCUAUCCAUACGAACACAACUAUGGACUGGAGGGAGGGAACCGCUUUCUAGAGAAGAGACUGCAGGUGAAACAGAACCAGCACGAGGAGCUGCAGACCGUGAGGAAACAUAUCCACUCCUGCUUCUCCAACAUCAGUUGCUUCCUACUGCCCCACCCUGGCCUCAAGGUGGCCACCAACCCCAUGUUUGACGGAAGAUUAAAAGACAUUGAUGGUGACUUCAAGGAGGCGCUGGGCAAUCUGGUGCCCUUACUACUGGCUCCUGAGAACCUGGUGGAGAAGGAGAUUGGAGGGGCGAAAGUGACCUGCAGAGAUCUAGUGGAGUAUUUUAAGGCCUAUAUAAAGAUUUAUCAAGGGGAGGAGCUUCCUCAUCCCAAGUCCAUGUUACAGGCAACGGCUGAAGCCAACAACCUUACAGCAGUUGCUGGAGCAAAAGACAUGUACAGCAAAAGCAUGGAGAUGGUGUGUGGAGGGGACAAGCCCUACAUCGCCCCUGCAGACCUGGAACGUUGCCACGAGGAGGUCAAGGAGUGCUCGUUGCGUCAGUUCCGCUCCGUGAAGAAGAUGGGCGGAGAGGACUUCUGCAAGAAAUACCAGGAGCAGCUGGAGGGUGAGCUGGAUGAGGCCUACUCCAACUUCCACAAGCACAACGAGGGCAAGAACAUCUUCUAUGCCGCACGCACACCUGCAACGCUGUUCGUCGUCAUGUUCGCCACCUACAUCGUCUCAGGGCUGACCGGCUUCAUCGGCAUGAACACUAUUGCCAUGCUGGCCAACCUGGUCAUGGGCGUGGCCCUCAUGAUGCUCUGCAUGUGGGCCUAUGUAAAAUACUCAGGGGAGUUCAGAGAUGUGGGCACCAUCAUAGACCUGUUGGCAGAGACACUCUGGGAACAGAGGACUUCCAGAAAGGUGCUUUCCAAACUCUUCGAGUCAACCAAGAAUCAAAUCACAAGGAGCUUUUUCCUACCAGCAGCACAGCGAAAGAGACUAUCCUCAAACAACAAUGACAAGACUGACUGACUAACUAGCCUUUCUGGCUAGCUGCUUGGCUCUUUAUUUCCAAAUGCAUCUGCAUUCUGCUCUUGUCAUUCCUUGUGGCCUAUGGGGCUGGUCUUAAUUAUAGGGAUGCUGUCUGCCUGGUUCACCCUACAUGUAGAGCGCAGGUGUUGAAGCCUCUGAGUGAGCAAUAUAUGGAGGAUAACGUUAGACAGACUGUGGUCAACUCCAUCAGAGCCAGUCUGACAGAACAGGUCACGCAGCACGUCAAGUCACACUGACCCCCCCCCCUGCCAUCCGCUCACCCACUCAGUGUGCUAAGUCCUAGAACUGCGCAAACCAAAGUAUAGCCAGCCUCGUCUGCUGUAGUGUCCUGUAUUACUGCUGGCUUCUCGAUCAGAUCCCUUCUGUUGGGAGGUGGACAAUCAGUGAGUUAAGUGGAGUUGCUAGUCUUCUCCUGCCUUUACCAAAAUUGGACCCAUUUCUCAAAUGUGCCAUUUUGUAGAUGCAACCCCACCCCCACCCAGGAUUUUAAAUUAUGAAGAGUUGUCAGUUUUGCUGGCCCGGUUUUAGUUUCUAAUACUGUAAUUAAACUGAUUGCAGUUGCUUUGGUUUCAAGGGAAAUUCAGGGAAAUGCAGCUCUGACGCUGUGUCUUUGGAAGCAAGCUGAACUAUCUGCAUGGUCAUAUACUGUAGCCAAGCCAGUCUGUUCCUCCCUCUCUUCUGAUAUUGUUUGGUUUUUAACUGGUGGAUUUAGGAAGCAUUUGAGCCUCAUUGUUAAGGUACUGAACUUGCUUUAGUGUCUACCUACCAGUAUUACCCACUGCAUGGUAUUAGGUCAACAUAGCAUAGUGCUAGAAUAGGGUCCUAGAGUUCAAGCUAUUGGUUAGCGGGGAAGUAUUCAGACUAAAACCCACAAGUAUAGUGGGAGUGAUCAAAGGUAUUGCAAAUCUAGCAUGUUUUUCUCUUAAUACAGCACUGAUCAUUUAUGCCAACGCCCUAGUACAAAUUCCAUCCACAGCUGUCUCGCCUAGGAACGUGCCAGUUUGUACAGUCUUUUUUUGUUUUACAAAUAAGGCAUGAUGUUUUUGACAUUGCAACUUUAUAUACAUUUUUCUGGUGUUAUGGCCUAAAAGUGACUUAUGGAAUGUUUUGUGAUUGGUCUUGCAUGUAAAAUUGUGUAUAUUCUUUGUACUAUACCAGUACGUAAACAAACUAGAGGCUAGAGCACUUCAAUUCCACCUCGGACAACGCUUUCUGGAAUUUGAGUGGGCCGAAUGUCUUUUUGCAUUUUAAUUCACUGUAAUUUAUUUUUCAAUAACGAGUACAUUGACCUUAAUGAUUAAAAUCAAUAUACUGUU